AUGCAGCGGAAGAACGAGCCUACUCCAGAGCGUCAAGAAUCUCCCAAACGUCUUCUUAUUAUAACUCAAUCUGCUAAUAGUCCAAAAACAAAACCACUAGUAGACUUCUUCCUUACUAUCAAAAAGACUGCAAUCAAGUACAUAGACCAUACUAGCGAGUGUUUACCAACCAUUGAUAAUACAGCAACAAGCAAUGGUAAGUUAGAAGAGACUAUGAAGAGACUCAAAGCUUCUUUAUUUGUUUACAUUACUACUACUAAGAGUCAACAACUUACUCUUAUCUUUGGACGUACUUAUGAGUACCAACUAACCGAUCUAGCCAAGUUUACUCUCACUACUAAUCCCAGUACUCUUUCUACCCUUCCCCUUCCUACUUAUUCUCUUGCUCUUCUUCUAGUUGCUAAUCGAGCCCAAAACCCACGAAUUCAAAACCUUCUUUUAGAUCUCUAUAAAGAAGCUCUACCACCUUCACCUUCUAUUUCCAUCUGUACUCAUGCCAUUGCUCUUUCUUUCACCAACGAUUCUUUCAGUCUUACUAUCUUAAAAAUCCAAUCCAGUCCAUUCUCUCUCCAACCCAUCUCCCCAACUCUUAACUUCACCUUCCAAGCCUCCCACCAUUCCGCCCCCGAAGUCUUCCAAGAAUCCCAACGCACUAUCAGACAAGCCCCCAAAAAGAUCAAAAACAUUGAAAAAGGACCUCUCAAUACCAUCAUCGGCACACUCCAUCUAGAAAAGCAAGACCUUUCCGAGCUCAAACUAAGUAAAGGCCGAGCCCUCCGCAAGCACUCCCCCUAA